AUGAUUCGAAAUUCGGAGGGUGGGUGGGAAAUGAUAACCGACACGAUUUGCAAAAAAGGAAGGACAUACAAAAGAUGCGACAGCCGGAGCAGAGCGGAAGCGAUUUUUACCCCCGACGCUGAACUCAGGGCUAUCCGACUCAAGCGGGUACAAGAGCAACUCAUUGACUUUGAUUCCGAUGUGUCGUCAAUUUCGCCCCCGAAACGUCGCAAAUAUACGGAUAGGGAAGUUAAUAAGUUUCAAAUGGAGGUUCUAAAAGAAGAAAAGGCACUAGUAGCCAAAAAAUCACUUCUUUCGGAUAGGCAAUUAGAACUGCUUGGCGAAAUCAAAGAAAUGAUUGGUGACUACAAAUCUUACGCGGAAAAAGGGAAGUGA